AUGAAGACCCUAAGGAGUCACAAAUCGUUUAUAAUGCGAUACUUCCCAAACUACAAACCGUCCCAUGUCGCCUCCCGGUACUUAAACGCAGAUGUCCACCCUCUCCAGCCCAAAAUCACACACAUGUAUGCCACCCGCGACAAAAGCACACUCUGGUGGAUGGUAAAUCCAUCGCAUCUGAUGUCCGUGAGGAUGAAGCGUGUGGUUCGGUCGUGGUGUAGCCGACGAGCCCGGAUGGCAUUCCGGCUAGCGUUGAAAGACCAUGGGUUUGAUGCGGACGGUCGAAAAGCAGGGCAGGAACUGCUAGGAGACUCUAGUGGGAAGGGGGGAAAUGGAAAGAAUUUGAAGGGGCGUGUUGACCUAUUGCUUCAUGCGGAUAUUUUGCGGGAGCCUUUCGAGGUAUUGCGAAAGGAGAUGGAUGCUGGAGUGAGUGCUUUGGUAAAUCAUUUGAGGACGACGAAAGAUGUGGCUCCUAAGCCGGCGAAAAAGCAAAAGAAGGCAGUGGAUGCUCCUGAUGACAAAGGGAAUGAGACAUCGUUAUAG